AGGAGCGGCGCAGCGAAGGGCAGCAGCUCGGCGAGCGGCGGCGGGAGGGCCGCCCCCGCCGCCCGGGGCUGCGCGCUGGGCAGAGGCGGCGGGGAUGGGCGGGCGCGGGGCGGCUCCGCCAGCCGCCGUCCUCCGAGCCUCGGCCGCCUCCCGCCGCGCUAUAUAGGGGAGGGAGGGGUCGCGGAAAGGGGAGGGGGGGGUGGCCGGCGUGGCCAAAGCGCACGGGGCGGCGAUGCCUCCUACCAGGGGAGCGCACAAGUGACCGGCACCUCUUCCCAUGCCCGUCUCUUGAAGAGAUUCCGCCCCCCCCCCCCCCCCCGCCCGGCAUGGAUGUGGCCAACAACACUACCUCCCCAGAGCGCUCCCCCGAGGGGGCAGGCGGCCCCGGCCUCGCCGAGGUGACCCUAGGCUACCAGCUGCUCACCUCCCUGCUCCUGGGCACGCUCAUCCUGUGCGCCGUGAGCGGCAACGCCUGCGUGAUCGCGGCCAUCGCCCUGGAGCGCUCCCUGCAAACCGUGGCCAACUAUCUCAUCGGCUCGCUGGCCGUCACCGACCUCAUGGUGUCCGUGCUGGUGCUGCCCAUGGCGGCUCUCUACCAGGUGCUGAACAAGUGGACGCUGGGGCAGGUCACCUGCGACAUCUUCAUCUCGCUGGACGUGCUGUGCUGCACCUCCUCCAUCCUGCACCUGUGCGCCAUCGCCUUGGACAGGUACUGGGCCAUCACGGACCCCAUCGACUAUGUCAACAAGCGGACUCCCCGGCGGGCCGCCGCGCUUAUCAGCCUGACCUGGCUCAUCGGCUUCUUGAUAUCCAUCCCGCCCAUGCUGGGCUGGAGGACGCCCGAGGACCGCUCGGACCCCGACGCCUGCACCAUCAGCAAGGACCACGGGUACACCAUCUACUCCACCUUCGGCGCCUUCUACAUCCCGCUUCUCCUCAUGCUGGUGCUCUACGGUCGCAUCUUCAAGGCGGCCCGCUUCAGGAUCCGCAAGACCGUCAAGAAAGCCGAGAAGAAGAAAAUCGCCGACACCUGCCUCACCCUCUCCCCGGCCGCCCUGCAGAAGAAAAGCAACGGGGACCCCGGCAAAGGCUGGCGGCGGACCGUGGAACCGAAGCCCGGUGCCUAUGUCAACGGCGCGGUGCGGCAGGGUGAGGACGGGGCCGCCCUGGAGAUCAUCGAGGUCCAGCACUGCAACAGCUCCUCCAAGACUCACCUGCCGCUGCCCAGCGAGGCGUGCGGCUCCCCGCCGCCCCCCUCCUUCGAGAGGCGCAACGAGAAGAACACGGAGGCCAAGCGGAGGAUGGCUCUGUCCCGGGAGAGGAAGACUGUCAAGACCCUGGGCAUCAUUAUGGGUACCUUCAUCCUCUGCUGGCUGCCGUUCUUCAUCGUGGCGCUCGUCCUGCCCUUUUGUGACAGUAAGUGCUACAUGCCCGAGUGGCUGGGGGCAGUCAUCAACUGGCUGGGCUACUCCAACUCCCUGCUCAACCCCAUCAUCUAUGCCUAUUUCAACAAAGACUUCCAAAGUGCUUUUAAGAAAAUUAUCAAGUGCAAAUUUUGCAGGCACUGAAGCCCGCUGCUCCCGGACGGGGCAGAGGGGGUCCUGCCGCUCGCUCCAUCCGCCUGGCCCCCCGCCGCAGUGUCCCCCCCGCCCAGCAGACAGGCAGGGGGCUCCAGGCUCCCCUCCGCAGGGCGCCCGAGUCCCCUCGCUCCUCCGCCCGUCGGACAAGCCCCGCGGGGCCGGGCCCGGCUCCACUGGGGACGGCGGCGGGACGCCCGGCCCGGGAGGGCUCCGCGGCCGCCCUCGCCUCGCUUGGCCUCGCCGCGGCUCCGCUGCCGGGCGCCGGCGCUCCCUCCUCCCUCCCGCCCUCCCUCCCCUCCAUCCUUCUGGGUAGACUUAGGGUUUGCAGGUCGUUGCUUGUGGUCACCGUAAACCACAGCGUCUGCCCGAGUAGCACCGGUAAAAAUAAAGCACCCUAUGCAGAAAACCGCCGUAUAGGGAGGGUUUCUUGGAUUUACGGGGAGACGACGGUGGGGCUCAGAGUCCGACUUCGGUCUGGCAGUGUGAGUGUGGAGGCUGAAGGCGAGCGGAGAAAGGGGCUCUGGGCUCGUCGCUUCCCGGUCUGUGAAACCACCAAGUGGAUUUUUUUUGGGGAAAAGCGACCGUGUGGUACCUUGCAAGGUACUUACAGCGACAUCCCCGUCUGCGUUAUGUGUGUCUAACAGCUCUUCUGCUAUGCUAGGACUUUCCAGUUUAUCUGGCUUCCCUUCGUUGCAACGCAGGGAGGUUAUGAGGCUUAAACCGUAACGGCAAGCCUCAUUAUAUGGGGAUAUAUUUUUUAAAAUGCCUUUGACGGAGGGUUUCCCACCAAGGAAAGGAUUGGCGCUGUGCGACUGUCCCUGAGUUCACCGCGCACGCAGCGGCACAGGGAUUUUAAGCAGCCUCCGAAGCAGUGUGGUUUUUUUUUUUUGUUUUGUUUUGUUUUGUUUUGUUUUGUUUUUUCUAAGCCGCUUGAAAGUUUCUCCGGAGACGUUGCUGUUACUUCGGAGUCAGCCAGCUGCUGCGGCACAUCUUGCUCGGGAAAACCAAAAACCACAAUGAACAACAAAAGGAACCAAACCGUUCAACCAAAACAGUGCCAUGUGCUCCGUGGCGGUAGGGGAGGGGCCGAGAGCAUCCUCCGGCGUCAGCCGCAGGUGGCGAAAGCGGCGUCUGGGCGCAGGCUGGGAAAGGGCAGGGUCCCCCCUCCCCCGGGCCAGCCCCGGCGGGCGUGAGCACGACCCUACCCGCAAGUUGAGAGCUGUGGCCAGAAUCAGGCAGUGUGACUGCGGUGCCAAGGGCAGAGGGAGUCAAGCAUGUCCCGUCUGGUCCCUGCGGCGGCUCCGCAAGACUCCCCACCUCCCGCCCCCCGCAGAGGGUGCCCCCUCUUUUCCGUCAAUCUCAGCUGCUUGGUCCCAGGAAACCCGGGGUGCUUCCCCUUCCCCGGCCUGGCCCGGGGUCGGAGCAGGACAACAGGACAGCCUUGCCCGCCGCACAGCCCCACUGCCCUGCCACCCUGCCCCUUUCCUGCCGUGCCCCCGGCUCUCUCCCGCCGGCUGCGAUCGGGACCUGGGGCCGCUCUCGGGCCGGGCAGAGGGGUGGUGGUGGUGGGGGGGGAUGGCGCCGGGACGGGCACUGGCACUGGGCCGGCUGCCGCGUACCUCUGCGACGGGCUGCCUGAAAUGAAUGCUUGACCAAAUAUAUAUAUACAUAUAUAUAUAUUUUCCUGUUUAUUUUUGUGUAAUCUAUGUUAUCUGUAGGUAUAAUGGAAUGUUAACUUCGUGCGUCGCGUGAAUGUAAGUGUCCAGUCAUUUCUGAACUUCAACCGCUUACAUUAAAUGAAAAUAGUGCUUUUAACAGCCUCAGACAUGUAGCUGAUUUUCUGAAAGUCUUAUUUGUCCUCAUUUUCGCAAUUAAAGUGAUCUUUGGUCUUA